AUGGAGGAGGAGGGUUUAUCAUCUGUGUCGGGCCUCAGGGUCGGGAUCUUCACCGGGACAAGUAGAGGAUUUUAUCCGUCACGGUUUAAAUUUUAUCUCGGUUAUUUUUUUAAUCCGUUAGCUCGGGUUAGCCUCUCCGGGGCUAAAGAAGGAGCCAUCCUGGAAGCCCCCGGGGAACCGCGGAUAUCGACCCAGCAUGGGUGCUUCGUGACCCGCGGCAGGUGCGAGGAGAGGCCGGGGGAAGCGGCGGCGGCGCCCGGGCGGGUGGUGCUGGUGAAGCGGGUCAUCAUGAAGGACGGAGCCGCGCUGCAGCCGGGCAUCGGCCGACCCAGUGUGUAUCACGCCGUGGUGGUGAUCUUCCUGGAGUUCUUCGCCUGGGGUCUUCUCACCACGCCCAUGCUCACCGUUCUACAUGAAACGUUCCCUCAGCACACGUUCCUGAUGAACGGACUGAUCCAGGGCGUGAAGGGCCUGCUGUCGUUCAUGUCCGCUCCUCUGAUUGGUGCGCUGUCGGACGUGUGGGGCCGACGCACCUUCCUGUUGGUCACCGUCUUCUUCACCUGCGCCCCGAUCCCUCUGAUGAGGCUCAGCCCCUGGUGGUACUUCGCCAUGAUCUCCAUGUCCGGAGCUUUCUCUGUCACCUUCUCCGUCAUCUUCGCCUACGUGGCCGACGUGACGACAGCGAGAGAGAGGAGCACAGCCUACGGUCUGGUGUCGGCGACCUUUGCAGCCAGCCUGGUGACGAGUCCCGCCAUCGGGGCCUACGUGUCCGCCUGGUACGGGGACAACAUGGUGGUUCUGUUGGCCACGCUGAUCGCUCUGGCCGACAUCGGCUUCAUCCUGCUCGCCAUGCCCGAGUCCCUGCCGGACAAGAUGAGGCUCAACACGUGGGGGGCGCCGAUCUCCUGGGAGCAGGCCGACCCCUUCAUCUCUCUGAGGAAAGUGGGUCAGGACCCGACCAUCUUACUGAUCUGCAUCACUGUGUUCCUGUCCUACCUGCCGGAGGCCGGCCAGUACUCCAGCUUCUUCCUCUACCUGCGACAGGUCAUAAAUUUCUCCUCCACAACCAUCGCUGUGUUCAUCGGAGUGGUGGGGAUUCUGUCCAUCAUAGCACAGACUCUCUUCCUCACGCUGCUGAUGAGAACUCUGGGUAAUAAGAACACGGUUCUGCUGGGUUUGGGUUUCCAGAUCCUGCAGCUGGCCUGGUACGGCUUCGGAUCAGAGCCAUGGAUGAUUUGGGCAGCAGGAGCUGUAGCAGCGAUGUCCUCCAUCACCUUCCCAGCUGUUUCUGCUCUGGUGUCGCACUCAGCUGAUCCUGACAAACAAGGUGUGGUCCAGGGGAUGAUCACGGGGAUCAGGGGUCUGUGUAACGGUCUGGGUCCGGCUCUGUACGGAUUCAUCUUCUUCCUCUUCAACGUGGAGCUCAGCACCGUCGACCCGAUCCAGGGAGAGUUCAACGUGGACCCGCUGCCUGUGGAGAGUCCCACUGAGCGAGCGCUCAUCCCCGGCCCGCCCUUCCUGUUGGGCGCGUGCUGCGUGGUGGUCGCCUUCUUCGUGGCUCUCUUCAUCCCAGAGAAACCCUCCUGCUCCUCCUCUUCCUCCCACCUGUCCCUCAGCGACAAAUCUCACCCGGACAGCAAAGAGUCCAUGUCCUCGCUGGCUGGCGUCCACAUCAACACGCCGCUCCCGGGCAGCGACGAGGAGGCCCCUCCCACCACUAGCGACGAGGACUUCGAGCCUCUGCUGCAGGACAGCAUCGUUUGACGGACAGCUGCGAGAGCCACACAGGGUGGGGCUUACGUUUAUAGUUUCACUGAUUGACAUUUAGCAAAAAAAGAUGACGAUUUUUGCCGCAGGGUGGAACUAAGUACGUUCAAAGUCCGACAGCGAGGAGCUCCAGCAGCGUUGUUCCUCCACCAGAAGGAGGCGCUCACGCCACAGGUCAGGAGCAGAGACAGUAACAUCACGUGAGCGACCAAUGAGGACGGUUCUUCAACGAAGGGGCGGGAGCAAGAGCUGCAAAUAAGAUGUCAUUAUUAUUUUUCCGAAUGGAGGAGACGGAUACAGUUUUGUGAUUGACGGACGGACGUGGGAAUCAAAGGUCGACCACGGGAGAAACAUCAUGUGACCGAGAGGACGAGGAACCAGCUGUCGAUCACGUUGAGAGAGAGAGAGAGAGAGAGACGUGCUCGUUCACCUUAAAGCUUGAAGUUGUUGAUUGUUUUUUUUAUUUGUGAUAAACAAGAAAAAAGUAUUUUUGCCUUCAGCUGUUUCAGUUUAACGUCGUAUUUUAAUGUUGCUUUUCAUUUUUUACUGGUUAUUGUAGCAUAUUUACUUUUUUCCAUGUUUCCAGAGUUUAGGGAUUUUAAUUAUUUUUAAAUGUCUGAGUUAUUGAUGCCAAGGAAUGAAUGUGAAGAUCUGAGAGAUGAGACGACUGAAGUCCAACAUCUUCAAAUAUCUAGUUUAAUGGUAAUUUUAAUUGGUGCAAGUUUUAUUUAAAUUUCUUUAGAUCGUAAAGAAUUGGGGAAAUGUUCCGGGCAGUGCAUUUCGGCCGUAAGUAUAUUUAUGCUAAUAUUUUAGGAAUCAUUUAGACAAAUGACCUCAGUGUAUAAGCUUCACUCCAGAUUUCACCAGGUGUUUUCCCUGUUCGUCACUACCUCAGAUAAAUGUUUUUAAAUCAUAACCUGGAUUCACUCCUUUUCCCUCACUUUUAUUUUUAUAUCAUAGUCACUUUAUGAGACAGCUGCUGGCUGCUGACAGUGGGAAAACCUCAGAGCUGCAAAAUUGUUUUUUAAAGAAUGAAUUUCUUUACAGCAUGAGAUAGUUGGUCAUUUCUGUUACCCAUGAUCCUUCACUGUUGGAUCUAUUUUUUGUCUCGUGUCUCGUGUUUUGCAGGUUUGAGGUUUUUCCGUCUGACAGUGAAAAUCCUGUGAAUGAAUUUAUACUUGAAGCAUCAGACAGAGAUUCUACGAGAGUUUAACAGAGUUCUAGUGGCACAGAGCUAUUUUCCUUUAUGACCUUAAAAUGUACAUGAAAUAAUGUGAAUAUUUUGGUUUGUAUAUAAUGUAAAAGUGAAGUCAGGUUUAUGAGAAGGUUUCCUUCAGUGUUUUUGUCCUGUGAUGCUCAAUGGCACUAACACAGUGGGUGGAGGUCGAGGGUUCAAUUCCUCUUGUGCAGCUAAAUCGAUAAAGAUCAGACUUGGGAACAGAUAAAUAACCCCCCCCGCCCCCCUUCUGUAUUUACACCUGACUGUGUUUACAUGCACACUGGUUUCUGAUUCUGUCACAUGUUUAUUUGUAUUCCAACAGUUUAAAUGUCAUUAAUGAAUCCACCACUUUUAUUUAUUAAAACAUUAAGACAUCAGCAUUUCAUUGACUUUUCUUAUUCUGUGCAAAUCAAAACAGAUGAUAAUUGGGACAUUAGUGUGCAUCUAAAUACUCAAGUGUGAUUUAAUUCAGAUGGUUCAGUGCCAGUGAAACUGUAAAUACAUGGACUGAAUGUAUGUGAGCAAAGCAACUGUACACAAAGAUUCACUGUAAAUACACUUUGUCUAGUGUCUCGUCUGAAAGUGUACAAAGUUAAUGGAAAUUAAAAAGGAACAACACGA